GUUUCCGCUUAAAUAUGUCCCCCUCCUCUCCGUAGCGCAGGUUGGUUAUGAAAAAGCAGAGAAGCUCUGCGCGUUACGAGAACUUGUUUUCUGCACUACAACAGAAGGGGAGCCCCUUUAUGGAGUGGUCGGGUAAAACAAGAGAGCUUGAGUCAGUGUCGCAUCUACAAGCAGGAUGUCUUAUCCGUCACCCCACGACCGCAGCCGCAAAGAUGACGAGGAUGACCCCGUUGAGCAGAUGAUCUCCCGCACUGGCUGCGCCGAGCUGCAUUAUGCUGUGCAGGAGUGCAUGGCUGAACAUCAGGACUGGAGAGCCUGCCAGAAGCACGUUCAGAGCUUCAAAGACUGCAUGACAAAUUUCCAAAACACUCAGAAAGAACGACGAAAAGCCCAACUGCAGACCUCUAACAAGUCUGCGACCAGCUGAACUCACAAAUUUUUGAGAUUUUGGGAUAAGUUUGUAACGUGUAUGUCAUAUUUUUUAAAAUGCAAGACAUAGCUAAUUUAUGUAAUUACAUUAUAAUGCAUCAUCAUUACCAAUAAAGAUAAAAUUUGAGCAAUA